AUGCCCCCCGCCCCGCCCAAAGUCGCGACCCUGCACAAGAAUGCACUCGAUGUCCGCCUCGCCGAGUCCGUUGUCUUCCUUCGCGCCGGGGACGCCACUGGCCGCCAGAGAACAAUCCAGGCGGACGCUGCACCCGGCAUGGUGCGCGGUCUUCUCGUCCUAACGCUCGCCAAGCCUACCCGAAUCACCAGCAUCGAGGUAGAGCUCCUGGGGAAAACAGUGACUGCAUGGCCCGAAGGUGUGGGCGCGCGACGCGUCGAGAUCACCGAAGACCAUGUCAUCCACUCCCAGACCUGCGUUUUCUUUCGCGCGGGCGCCGCUCCUGGCGCGAGCGGCCGCCGCAACAUCUCAGUCGGCCCGGGACUCGCGCUCGAGCACGACGACGAAGACCACUCGGAGCGCUCAAGUCUCUCCAAUGAGCACUCCUCCACGGGCGAGCACACGCGCCGGGAACGCGGGCGCUCCCCGCACUCGCGUGAGGGCUCGGGGCGCAUGCCACGGCGGUACAUGAGCGUCGAUCAGACCCACUUCCAGCGCGGCGUCGUCGCCCACCGCGAGAACACCCUUCCUACAAUCGCUUCGCCCCCGUACUCCCCGACCGUCUCCCUCAACGACGACGUCGUGCCCCCGUUGACCCCGCUGUCUCCCGGCCUCCCCCGAUACGGGGACGAAUCACCCGCGCGCAGUAGAGAAGACCUUCGGCGCGCGGUCGACACAGAGCAUUAUGUCAACGGCGAGCGUCGCUCUUCCUCCGGUUUUUGGUCCUCCCGAGACGCCGCCGACUCGCGCCGCAUGAGCAUCGACGAGGACCACGAGUUCCAGGUCGGGAGCAGCACCACCCCGUUCCACUACCCCGGGCCUUCGCGCGCGGCGGUUCGCAGCGCGCGCACGCCCUCGCGCACGCGCGAGGCAGAGGGGGACGAAAGCGUGCGCGGCCGGAAGAACAAGCGCUUUCCGUUCGCGAGCGCGCUCCUCGACGCGAUGAAGGACCGCGUGCGGUCGAGCUCGCCGCUCGUCGAGAGCAAGCCUCCGCACGCGGGGGACCGCACGCCCCCGCGGGGACGCACCCUGGACCGGUCUCUCGGGCAGGCGGCGGAGGACGUGAGCACGCCGCCCAAGGAACACUCAACGCUCGCUCGGGUCAGCGAGGCGUUGGGAUUCGAGGCGGACGAAGGUCGAGAGCAUGGCGAUGGGUGGAAGGAGUUCCGUAAAGGAGUGUACACAUACCCUAUCUCAUUCGCGAUACCCGUGAACUCCCCCCCUUCGCUGCAAGUCGACUACGGCUCCGUUUCGUGGAAGCUGAAGGCGGUGGUCCACCGCCCAGGCGCCUUCAAGACGAAGCUCACGGCCAGCCGGGACAUCACAGUCGUGGCGAGCCCCGGAGAAGAUGAUACGGAAGAGUCGGAGAGCAUCGUGGUGGAACGACAGUGGGACACGCAGAUGCAGUAUCUUAUCAUCAUCUCUGGGCGGAGCUUCGCGAUCGGAGGCACGAUGCCUAUCAGUGUCGCAUUCAUGCCCUGGACGAAGAUGAAGGUCCACCGCAUCUCGGUGCUGAUUGAAGAACGCGUGGACUACUGGACGGGGUUCAAACGUAUCGCACGUACAGAGGCGAUUAUGCGACACGCGUUACUCGCCCUGAAACACCCCAAGAAGGAUGGCCCAGCCCUUCUGCCUCUUGAGUCGGAAGAUCCCGAAGCCUUCAAGCACUCUCCGUUGUAUGAGAUCAUCGACCCCGAUGACGACGUAGGCGAGGUCGUGUCGAGCUACAUGGGCCCAGGCCCAUGGAAGUUCCGCAAGGACCUUCAGAUCCCCAAGUUUGGCCUGCAUACGACAAAUCGCAACAAGCGCAGCAACAUCUGGAUUGCGCACACGUUAAAGGUCAUCAUCCGCGUUGAGCGUGGUGAUGACUUGGCGUUGGACCCGUCGACGGGCAAGCGGAAGCUUUUCGACAUUGUCGUCCAGACUCCUGUCCACCUGCUUUCACCUCUGUGCAACCCUGAACAUACCGCACUUCCGCCCUACACGCAACACCCUGCGGCUGGCUCCACUCUAUCUGGUCCCAUCCUCGCAGACGCCAACAUCAGUGUUGCCGCUGCCGUGCCAUCCCCUUCAACCCCCACGUUUGCCAUGCCUCCAGCCCUUCCACACCUCCGUGAAUUCCCCUCACUUUUCCACCACCAUAUUUCGCCGCCCACAACCAUGAUGCACGCAUCCCCCUCCCACCCUCGCGCCACACGCACGCCCCAGCCGCAGUCCCCAGCGCGAACCACUUCCGAUGCGAACUCACUAACAAGCCCGCCACUCUCGCGCCAGCCCUCGGAUGCCCUUUCGUCUGCGCCCACGUCGUCGCUCACCGAGAGUGGGAGCACGAUUCCGGAGCAGUUCGAGCGCCUUGUGGCAGGCCAGGAGAGCGAGGAGGGCGAGGCGCCUCCUUCGUACGAGGAGGUCGUGGUGGCCCCUGUGUCGUCCGCCAGAGGGUCGUCCUCGCGCGUGGUAUCGAGGGCCGCGUCAUUCACAGAGCUGUGA